UCAUCAGUACGUCUCAAAACUCACCUCUCUUCUUCUCCGAUCAUUGCAGUACUGCUCCAUUGACAACCAAACUAAACACCGGUUUCUUUCCUUCUAACAUGGCCGUUGUUCUUUGUGGGGCCAAAGAGAAUGCCACCACCACAACUCUGCUCAGCUUAAUACCAAGAAGCUGUAGCAAACAGAGGAGGUCCAGAUUGUGUCCGAGAAUGAAACUCUCAACUAGGGUCUUCUCCUUUUCAGGUGUGCUCGCAAACGCGGCAAGAUCUUCCGAGGAGAAGGUAUAUGAGGUUGUCUUGAAGCAGGCUGCUCUAGGGAAAGAGCAGAGGAAACAGAAAGCUUUGGAUUUGAGCACAACAGUCGAAAACGAUGGUAUUUCCAGUGGGGAUCUCUUGAAUGAGGCUUAUAAUCGUUGUGGUGAGAUUUGUGCUGAGUAUGGCCAAGACAUUUUACUUGGGUACCUUACUAAUGGGACUAGAACAGCGAAGAGCUAUUUGGGCAAUUUAUGUGUGGUGCAGGAGGACUGAUGAGCUUGUGGAUGGUCCCAAUGCUUCACAUAUGACCCCCAGGGCCCUUGACAGAUGGGAAAAGAGAUUAGAUGAUGUCUUCGAAGGUCACCCCUAUGACAUGCUUGAUGCUGCUUUAUCUGAUACUGUCUCAAAGUACCCUGUUGAUAUGCAGCCCUUCAAGGACAUGAUAGAAGGAAUGAGGUUGGACUUGAGGAAGUCAAGAUAUAACAACUUCAACGAGCUCUACCUUUAUUGCUACUACGUUGCUGGGACAGUAGGCCUGAUGAGUGUUCCUGUAAUGGGGAUUGCACCUGAAUCAAAGAAGUCUGUAGAAAGUGUCUACAUUGCUGCAUUAGCACUCGGCAUUGUUAAUCAGCUUACUAAUAUACUCAGGGAUGUUGGUGAAGAUGCUAGGAGAGGAAGAAUAUAUUUGCCACAAGAUGAAUUGGCAAGCGCUGGAUUAUCGGAGGAUGACAUAUUCCGUGGCCAAGUGACAGACAAGUGGAGAAGUUUCAUGAAAGAUCAGAUAAAACGAGCAAGGAAGUUCUUUGAUGAGGCAGAGAAGGGUGUUGCAGAGUUGAAAGCAACUAGCAGAUGGCCGGUUUGGGCAUCUUUAUUGCUGUAUCGACAAAUCUUAGAUGCCAUUGAAGCAAAUGACUACAACAACUUCACUAAGCGAGCGUAUGUUGGAAAAGCAAAGAAAUUUGUAUCGCUGCCUGUGGCCUACGGAAGAGCAUUAAUGAGCACUCCCACGUAGGGUGUUUUUUCUUUGGUUAAAAUACUAAUUUGGUCCCUCAACUUUUAGAUUUGUACCAAAUCAUUAUUAAAUUUCAAAAAAUUUCAAAAUUGUUCUUAAACUUUAAUUUUCAAUCUCAGUUUCGUCUUUCCAUCAAUUAAGUGAUGAUGUAACU